AUUUGUUUUAUUAGAUUUUUUUUUUUAUUUUUAUUUAUAUUAUUAAAUAUAAUAUUUAUAUUAUAUUUUUUGAUGAGAAAUACCGUUAUUUUUUUGGAAUGGGAAAUUUUAUCUUUUAAUUCUAUAAAUAUUGUUUUUUCUUUAUUAUUGGAUUGAAUAUCUUUGUUAUUUAUAAUAUUUGUUUCUUUAAUUUCUUCUUCUGUGAUUUUUUAUAGAAAAAGUUAUAUAAAAUCUGAGCUUAAUUUAAAUCGAUUUAUUAUUUUAGUUUUAAUAUUUGUUUUGUCAAUAAUAUUAUUAAUUUUAAGACCAAAUAUUAUUAGAAUUUUUUUAGGGUGAGAUGGCUUAGGAUUAGUUUCUUAUGGGUUAGUAAUUUUUUAUCAAAAUAUGAAAUCUUAUAAUGCCGGGAUAUUGACUGUUAUGUCAAAUCGAAUUGGGGAUGUUAUAUUAUUAAUAGUAAUUGCUUGAAUAGUUAAUUUUGGGAGUUGAAAUUUUAUUUUUUAUUUAGAAUUAAUAAAAAUAGAUUUUUGUUCAAGAGUAAUUAGAUUUUUAAUUAUUUUAGGUGCUAUGACUAAAAGUGCCCAAAUUCCAUUUAGAGCUUGACUUCCAGCUGCUAUGGCAGCUCCUACCCCGGUUUCAGCUUUAGUUCAUUCUUCUACUUUAGUAACAGCAGGAGUUUAUUUAUUAAUUCGGUUUAAUGCUUUAUUAGUUGGUAGAGAAUUUUUAAAAAUAUUAUUGUUAAUUUCAGGUUUAACAAUAUUAAUGGCGGGGAUUUCUGCUGUUUAUGAAUUUGAUUUAAAAAAAAUUAUUGCUUUAUCAACUUUAAGACAAUUAGGUUUAAUAAUAAGAAUUUUAAGAAUAGGAUUUAGCGAUUUAGCAUUUUUUCAUCUUUUAACUCAUGCUAUAUUUAAGGCUUUAUUAUUUAUGUGUGCUGGUAUAAUUAUUCAUAUAAUAAAUGAUAAUCAAGAUAUUCGUUAUAUGGGGGGUUUAAGAUUUUAUAUUCCAAUGACUUCUCUUUGUUUUAAUAUUUCAAAUUUAUCUUUAUGUGGAAUUCCAUUUUUAUCUGGAUUUUAUUCAAAAGAUUUAAUUUUAGAAAUAGUAAGAAUAAGUAAUUUUAAUUUUAUUAUUUUUUUUUUAUAUUAUUUUUCUACUGGAUUAACUGUAUUUUAUUCAAUUCGUUUAUCAUUAUAUUUAAUAGUAAAUGAAUUUAAUUUAUUUAGAGUAUAUAAUUUAUAUGAUGAAGAUUAUACAAUAUUAAAAAGAAUAAUUUUAUUAUUAUUUAUAAGAGUAGUUUCAGGGAGUUUCUUAAGUUGAUUUAUUUUUAGUUAUCCUUAUAUAAUUUUUUUACCUGUUAAUUUAAAAAUUAUAGUGAUUUAUGUUAGAAUUUUUGGGUUUAUUAUAGGGGUAUUAAUUAGAAACAUAAAUUUAUAUUCUUUAAAUAAAUUUUUAAAAUUUUUUAAUCUGAGAAAUUUUUUAGGGGGGAUAUGAUUUAUACCUAAUUUAUUUACUUAUGGGAUUAAUUUUUCUGUUUUAAAGUUAGGGAAUAAUUUAUUAAAAAAUGUUGAUUAUGGUUGAAGUGAAUUAUAUAGAGGACAAGGUUUAUAUAAUAUUUUAAAAAAUUAUUCGGUUAUUUUUAAUAUAUUUUUAAUAAAUAAUUUUAAAAUUUAUUUAUAUAGAUUUGUUUUAUGAAUAAUAUUUAUAACUAUAUUUAUAUUAAAAUGAUUUUAG